GCCGAUAAGUUCGUGCCUCCGAGGCUUCAACCCUUAUGGAAUCACGAAGCAGGUCCCAAAACAAUCUUUUUCUGGGCUCCAGUCUUCAAAUGGAGUCUUGUCAUUGCUGGACUGGGGGACCUUGCUCGUCCAGCUGAGAAACUUAGCAUCCCACAGUCUGCUGCUCUCAGUGCCACAGGUCUUGUCUGGUCACGGUAUUCCAUGGUUAUUAUUCCCAAGAACUAUAGUCUAUUUAGUGUAAACGUAUUUGUCGCCCUGACUGGCCUGUACUCACUGGGAAGAGCCCUGAACUAUCAAUAUAAUGUUAAGGGGAAAGCUGCAACUACAAUAACAUCGGCAGCCAGCUAGUGAAGUUAUAAUUCAUACCCAGACAGAGCUUAUGUACAUAGAAACAAGUGUUUGAUCAAGUGGAAAGUUCAAUUUUUACACAGUUUUAGUGAUAACAAUAACUACACGUAUUGUAGACUACAUUGUAUUCUUCAAAUAUUAGGUUUGGUGCUGCUAUGAGACAUUAAAAUUUUAGAGUAUUUUAAAGGUUACUGUUAAUUAUGUAUACUGUGCUGUGCAGAAAAUUUGGUUAAGAAAUAUAACCAUUGCACAUACAUAUCUAUUUUUAAAUAUAUGAAUUUUUAGAGGCUCAAUAUAUGUUGAUUUAUUCAGUUCUGCUGGCUUGUAGAUAUAUUUGUUUUGGUUGUAACAGUUUAGAAAUGUGCAAGAUUUUAUUUUAAAAAGCUGGUACCCAAAGAAUUAUUUUAAUUGGAUUAAUCCCUAUAAAGUACAACAUAUCAAUACUGAAUAACAAAUAUAUAAACAAAUAGCUAUUCCACUAUAAACUAGAAAUCAGUUGUAUCAUCUAGCUCUUAUGCCAAAAUGUUGAAGUUUAAAUAUAGAACAUGAAUAUGUUUCCUUGAGUGUUAUGUUAGUCCCAAUAAAUAUAAUACACCAUCUUGCCUUCUAGCAUGUUGGAGCAUGCACUA